GAGCCAUUAACGAUAAUCGCUCGAUCAAAUUCAGACGUUGCACAGUCAUCGAACAAGAUCACUUGACGAAAAGGAAGAAAAAAAAAAAACAAACGCAUCGCCGAUGUACAAUCGAGAGACAACUGGUACAACUGGAAAGCCAGAUGCGCAUUCAUCAGUGUGGCUGAGUUUACCGCGAAGACGAGCUGCGAAGAGGAGAACGCGCGCGUGUGUCGACUUCCAUCGAGCGGGACGACUCCGCGUGAUUCCGGGACGAUAAUAUAACAGCUAGCGUAUGCGUGUUAUCGGAUUCGCGACCGCGAGAAGUCCCAACGGAUCGACUGCCGUCACGUUCGCGGAUCGUGAAUCACGUGCUGUGCGCGAUUUCCGCGAUCUCGGCGUGCUUCACGCUGCAGCACGCGCAUCUCGCGUCUCCCUCUGCUCCGCGCGCCUACGGGAGAGACACGACGAGGAUACCGCACGACGACGUGCCGCUUCGGCAGCGCACCGGGUCGACACGCAGUGCCGUAUCGUACACGGGUGGGCUUUAAGAAUUGUGCGGACACAGUCGAACGAACGCGCUCGUGCACGGACGGAGGGAGACGGCGCCUAAAUGACUGUCGGUUUGUGCCCGACUCAUUACGCCGGCCGCUAACGAGCUCUCGUUUACCAGUCUAGUCUGCGAUCGGAGAAGUUACUUGGCAUCGCCACAACGGGAAACGUGUAAUUGGGCCAAAUGGAUUGGGCGAGAGGACGAACGUCGACGGGUAAUUGUCGCACCAGAAAGCUGGGCGUUUGCGUGAGCGUGGUCAUGCUCGGGACCUUCAUCGCCUGCAUGAUGCUGGCGUACACCGCGUUCGCAUCUCCGGUUACCGGAGAACGUGACACGUUACAGCAGGUGGUUUUUCUGUUUCGCCACGGCGACCGAACUCCGACAGAGACCUACCCUAAGGACCCUUACAUAAAUUACGAUUGGCCCGGUGGCUGGGGCGCCUUGACCAAGAAAGGAAUGCAUCAACUGUAUAACGUGGGUCGGUGGAUACGCUUGAAAUACGGCGCCGUAAUCGGUCGUAAAUUCGUGAGCGCGGACAUGCUGGUGCGUAGCAGUUACGCGGAUCGGUGCGUCAUGUCGGCGCAGGCAUUACUCGCCGGAUUGUUCGUGCCGGGACCCGAGGACAUGUUCGUGCCCGGUUUGGCAUGGAUCCCCGUUCCUGUGCACUCGAUACCACGGGAACUGGAUAAGCUGAUAACGGUGAAGGCGCCAUGCCCGAGGCUGGAGGAAGCUCUAAAACAGGCAUACAUAGAGGAGGCAAGAAGAUCGGGCGAGAAGAUGGCCGAGUAUUAUAAGGAAUUGACGGAGCACACCGGACAGAAUAUGAGCACGAUCACCGACGUCGAGUUUCUUUACAACACCCUCGAGAUCGAGGAGGAAAAUGGUUUAAAGCUUCCGCCGUGGACACGGAAAUUUUAUUACAACAAAGAGAUGCGCGAAAUAGCCGCUCGCAGUUUGACGAUCUUCACCGACAGCACUACUCAGCAACGUCUUCGCGGAGGCCCGUUGCUGAAGGAGAUUUUACGCAACAUGGAAGAGAGUAAGAGCGGUCCCAAGCUGAAACGAUCCUAUUUUUAUUCCGCUCACGACAUAACUAUCGUCAACGUGAUGAGGACAAUGGGAUUUACGAAUGAGCUUUUUAAGCCCGAUUACGGGGCGACGCUCAUAUUGGAGCUACAUCAGGCCAGUAAUGGAGCCGGCCAAGAAGUGAAGGCGCUGUAUUACAACAAUACGAAAACGGAGAACGCGCAUCGUUUGGAAAUUCCUAACUGCGCCAGUCCUUGCCUAUUGCAAAACCUGAAGCAAGUGUGGCACGAAGUGAUUCCGAACGACUGGGACGCGGAAUGCAAAAUGUAAACCCGCUGAGUUUUAUGUAAUAAUUCAUAACAAUUGUACUUAAUUGAAAUUGAUUCGCUCGCGUUUUCACGUGAAAUCAUUGCUACGUGCGCAGAGCGAAGAGAUAUAAAAUGUUAAUCAUUUAAUGUGUGAUAUAUAAAAAUUAAAUAUAUGUAAUCUCGAGAUCGGUACCUACUUAAAUCAGUUUUGAGUAUGGGAACUGUCAUUUAAUAUUUGUAACUAUUAUUCUUGUAAAUUGUAUUAUUGUUGUCAAUGUUAGCAAUUAAGGAACCAUAUAGACUUAUCCAUUCAUAUAUAGUAUCAUCACAAAAUGAUAGCGUUAUAUGAUAGACAUUAAAAUAAAAUAGAAAUAAAACUUGAA